GGUGUCAAGAAAGAAACACUUGCGCUCGCCCCUGCUCUCUUGCCAACCUUCCUCCUCUUCCCCGGUUACUUUUGGCAGACAACGCUCGUUUGACAUUGCCAACUCCACUCAUCUACGAUGAACGUAGACACCCCAACCUCCGCGGAAAAGAGACUUGUCAAUCGUCUCUUUGAGCGUCUGCCUCCGACCACUCGCGGACACGUCGUUGCUUUCAUCGGCGAAUUUGCCGGCACCUUCUUCUUCCUCUUCUUCGCCUUCAGCGGCGCGCAAACUUCAAACGUCGCAUCGAAUCCGAAUGCCGGAGGGAAAGUGACGACCAAGGCCAUCCAAGCCACGCCGUCGCAACUCCUUUACACCGCUCUGGCCUUUGGCUUCUCCCUCGCCGUCAAUGUCUGGGUGUACUUUCGCAUUAGUGGUGGCCUGUUCAACCCGGCAGUCACGCUAGGCAUGGUACUCAUCCGUGCCAUCAGCGUCUUUCGCGGUAUCCUUCUGUUCAUCGCUCAGAUGGUCGGAGCGAUUGUCGCCGCGUUCGUCGUCCAGGCUCUCUUCACCGGCAAACUCAACGUCAGCACCUCCCUCUCUCCCACCACGACGAUUGCGCAGGGUGUCAUCAUCGAGAUGCUGCUCACGUCGCAACUCGUCUUUACGAUCUUCAUGUUGGCCGCGGAAAAGCACGUGGGCAACUUCAUUGCACCCCUCGGUAUCGGCUUGUCCCUCUUCAUUGCGGAACUUACCGGCGUCUUCUGGACGGGCGGAUCGUUGAACCCCGCACGAUCAUUCGCCCCGCAGGUCGCCCUGCACAGCUUCACAACGGAACAAUGGGUCUAUUGGGUCGGCCCUCUGGCCGGCUCGUGUCUCGCCGUCGGCCUCUACGCUCUUAUCAAAGCACUGGAGUAUCACACGGCUAACCCUGACCCGGAGAUCGCUGGGCCUACAGGCGGAGGUCCGGGUAUCGUAGACGCGGUCAACGGCGUAAAGCGAGAGGACAAUGUCAAGAGAGCGGAUUGAAAAAGCGGCGCAGAGAAUAGAGAAGAGAAAGAAGCCAAUGGCAGAUUGCAAAGAAGGUGGGAAUGAUGACUCGAGGGGCUCAAUACAGAUACAUGCCGGAGUCGUGAUGGUGGUGGUGGCGUGGUUGUCAAAGCCUCGCGCAAUCGG